AUGGCGGAUGACGAUGCGACAGGCUCGAAAGAGCCGCAAGGAGCUACUACUCUGCGUGGGCCAUCAGCCGAUGAUCCUGGAGAGAAUCCCACGCAGCAAAGUCAGCUGCAAGGCGAGCAUGAUGCAGGCCAUUCUGUACACAAUGAAACCAAUACUAAUGUACCUUCAUUUUCAACAAGUGACUUGAAUGUGCAGGAAUCUUCUACCGAGAAUGCUGGCCUAGCCCAGGGACCUUCUGAGCGCCCUCGGGAAGGCCGUGAGGGCGAGAUGUUGCCAAGUCUGCAACAACGCGUAGCGGGAGAUGACGGAGGCCACAUAUCCACAGAGGAGAGCGCAAAGAUCAAUAAGAAUAGAGCUGGCGAAGAGAAGGCAGUUGAAGUCGAUACUACCGAGACUACCCAAGCAAGAGCGGUAGCCGACCCAGAUGCAGAGCGCGCUCCGCCUGCAGAAGAUUCAUCCUUAUUCGACAUCCCAUUCCCUGGGAUGAGGCGUGGUCCUAAUUCUGAUCAAAUGCUUCUACUGUCGGCACUGGUGGCGAAUUUAUUGAGCAAUUACGGCCCAAAGGUAAUGCUAGCAGAGUCUACGCCCACCAGGCAAAUUCUUGACCAACUUCAGCACAUGGGAUCCGAGUCUGAUAUGUCACCGGCAGACCUAGAAAUUGAUGAGCUCUUAAUGAAAACACCUGAGAAACUCAUCAGCGUAUGUCGAGAAUACAGUGGUAAUUACAUGGCCACUGAGGAAAAACCCUUUGGUGCCUCUUUGCGCAGGAUCUGCUUUGAAACCCUUACCAUUGAGGAGGCUAAGGGCAGUAUAUGGAAGCAAGGCUGGUACGCGAUCUCAGGGCGAACGGCCGAGUUCGCUCGAUCUAUGUUUGACAAAACCAAGAAAGCCUCCUUUGAUAUCAACGUUGUGCCACGCUACUUGAAAGAUUUACCCGGGAACGCGUUGCGCGCUGUGGCAGGGACCCACGAAUGGAUCGCUAAUAAUCCUGGAAAGUCCAUGAUCUUAUUCACUGCUGUUAUUACAAUUGCUGGUCUUACGAUCGCCAAAUCCAAAAGGAACGACUUGGAUGACGCUGGGUCUGGCAGACAUCAAGACGGCAGUGAUACAAAGGACGGAAGCACAGAAGGGCAAGGACCCAUGAUGGGUGACGAUAGAAGUACCGAUACAAGUCACAAACGAAAGGCUUCUGAGACCCUGACGGGAGAGCGCUUUCCCAAAAUGCAAAAACUCGGUGGCGAGAAGACUCCGCCUGGGCAACAACAAGAGAAUAUGGAUCUAGAUAAUGAGCAACGUGAACAAAUUGCAGUCGUGGCUCCCGCCGAAGUCCUUGACAUUAAUAAGAACACGGUUGAUGAGAGCCAAGGGACGACAGAUGAGACCAAAGAUAAAGAAGACAGCGAAGCCACUCUGGUGGAGUUCCAGUGUCCCCAGAUGCACGAGAAUGUGGGACUGAGAUCCCCGAAGCGCAAGCGUCGUAGUCCGGGGCAAGCAUCGUCAGCCAACCAAUCGAGCAAGGAGGCGGAGGAACCUGUCAGUCCUACGCCAAACCCAAAGAAGACUGAUCAAAGCUUUGAGAUGCGCGAGUAG